UCGAUGGCGUUGACACUUCUGCUAUGGAUCGUGAUCAAUUGGAGGCUUUCGCCCUACGUCUCAAAGCUGAAAUGGAUCGCGAAAGAGAAGAACGUAACUACUUUCAAAUGGAAAGAGAUAAAAUACGAAUUUUUUGGGAAAUCACUCGAGGUCAACUUGAGGAAACCACAACAGCGCUGCGACAAAAAGAUCAUGAAGUUGAAAUGACGCAAGAAGUUGCCGAUAUAGAAGCCAAAGAGAUCAUGCAACAAAUGAAACAUUUACAGUUUGAAAACCAAAAUAAGAUCAGUGAAAUACGAGCAGAGGCAAUGACGCAAUUGAAAUUAUCACAAGAGGAUCACGUGCAACAGGAAAUGGAAAUGUUGGCAGAUAAAAGAGAACUUAGAAGAUUGUUGAGAGAAAGCGAAGAAUUACAUGAGUUGCAAAUACAGCAAUUGAAAAUGAAACAUAUAGAAGAGAUACACAACUUGCGUACACGUUUCGAAAAGGAAACUAAAGACAUGACCCUUUUACAUGAAGAGAAAAUGUUGGCUUUAAAGUCUGAAAUUGAAUUGGUUUAUCGCAUGCAAAUGUUUGAGGUCGAAGAGCGCAAAAAUAAUCAAAUACAAAAGUUAAUAGAGAAUCAUGAUUUAGCUUUUAAUGACAUGAAAAACUAUUACAACGACAUUACGCUCAACAAUUUGGGUCUUAUAAGUUCUCUUAAGGAACAAAUGGAGGUAUUGCGUAAACAAACGGAGAGAAGUGAACGUAUAGCAGCAGAUAUGAGUAGUGAAAAUCGUAAACUCAAAGAGCCCUUAGAACAAGCCCAACAAGAAUUGGUGGCUUUAAGGAGAAAACUAGAAUUUUAUGAUCGUGAUAGAGCACAAUUGACUAGACUUAAAAAUCGUAAUAAUUAUGUGGAAAAACAACUCAAGGCCUUGACAUGGGAAACUGAAGCAUUACUGUUGCGCAACGAUACUUUGGUUAAGGAGAGAGAAGAAUUAAAGGAGAAAUUUGAGGAUGUAGUCAUAGAAUUGCAACAAAAAACAGGACUCAAAAAUGUUUUGCUAGAGCGUAAAAUAGCUAUAAUGGAAAAAGAGGGAGAAAAACAAGAACUAAUGCUUAAAGAAACUCUAGAUUCUUGUGCGGCUGUUGUGAAAGCCACUGGUAUAGAGGCAGAAACUCCACUGCAACUUGAGAGGAGAGUGGAAAAUAUUUUAGAUGAGAAAAAUAAACUGAUACAAGAUUUACGUUACGAAUUGGCUAGAGUUACUAAGGCACAUGAUGAUCUAUUGGCCACAUAUGAAUCAAAAUUAGUACAGUUUGGAAUACCCAAAGAAGAGUUGGGGUUCGAACCUCUACGCACCACCUCGAAGUGGAAUUAUUUGUGUGGACCUGCUGGGUUAGUUACUAAAAAUUUAUGAAACUUCUUUUUUUAAUUUUGUUUAAUAAAAAUAUGUAUAUUUUAAACUAUUUACCUUAAUAUAAAAAUUUCUUUAAAAUUA